ACCAACAUAUGUGACCAAAGUUCCUCUGUCUCCAACCUGUUUGACGCGACACAGAGCCCAGUUUUGGGGACUUUUUUGGGGAUUUUUCUGCUCCUGCUCGCUGUUUACACUGGAAGUUAUCGCCCGGGAAAGGAAUAUACGUCCUUUUUUGGCAGACCGGAAAAAGGAACCAUGUCAAAUGUUGUAUUGUACCGUGUCUUGAGUGCACCGGAGACAUGAACUGAGGAGACACUGGAAAGCAUCAUUUCCUGACGUCUGAGAUCGUGGCCAAUCAUGACAUCACAGAAGAGCUGGGGAAUCGUCGGCAUUCUCGCCGCAAUCACGCUUUUCUGUACCUUCCACACGACUACACCCAUAGAUAUUCCACUGGAAGUUUUAAGUCAUGUAAACAUUGAGCAGUUGCCCACCAUCACUUCCCAGUCUCCGAGCUCUCUCAUCGCCUUCCCGUUUGACGAGAGUUUCCCCGUGACGUGCGAGGCCAAAGGGAAUCCGGAGCCAGAAUUCAGAUGGAUGAAAAAUGGCCAGGAGUUCGACCCUUUCUUAGACCCCCGGCUGAUAAAAGAAGAACAAACCGGAACCUUCGUGAUACCCAAUAACGGGAACCUUACCGAGUACCAGGGAACAUAUCGCUGUUACGCUUCAAACAAACUGGGGACGGCCAUAUCGAAGGAGAUUGAAUUCAUUGUCCCACAUGUACCGAAGUUUCCAAAAGAAACUCUUGAUCCAGUUGUGGUGGAGGAAGGUCAGCCUUUUAUCUUAAACUGUGACCCACCCAAAGGAAUACCCCCUUUCCAGAUCUACUGGAUGACUAUCAACCUCCAACAUAUAGAACAGGACGAGAGGGUGUCCAUGGGCUUGAACGGAGACCUGUACUUCUCCCACGCCGUGGAGAAGGACAGCAGGCGAGACUACUGCUGCUUCGCUGCUUUCCCAAGAAUCCGAACCAUCGUUCAGAAGACAGCCAUGUCUGUCAACGUCAAGACAAAAAAAAGUCAUAGCAUGAGCCCUGAAAUUGCCAAUGCCAUCCUGCAGAGAAGACCCUUGCUUAUGACGCCCUCUGGUGUCAGAUCAGAGAAACAGCUGGUCAAAGGAGAGGAUUUAAAACUUGAGUGCAUUCCUGAGGGAUUUCCGACCCCACAGGUGGAGUGGAUCAAAAUGGGUCACAAGCUCCCAAGUAAAGCCAAACUGGAGAGUCAUGGAAAACUGCUGAUUGUAACAAACGUGGAACAAGAAGAUAGCGGCAAGUACAUGUGCAAGGCAAAGAACAAACUCGGCGAAGUGGUCCAUUACUUCACGGUAAACGUUGAAGAGCCUCCAGAGUGGGCAUUUGAGCCUGAGAGUCAGCUCAGUAUGAUUGGCUCAGAUGUGCUCAUCAAGUGCUCAGCGACCGGGACUCCCCAGCCGACUAUAACUUGGAGAGUGAACGGUCUGCCUCUGCAUGAAGUCCCUGCAGCUAACAGGAAGGUUUUUGAUGACACCGUCAUCUUGCGCAAUGCCAAAGAGUCUGACAGCGCCGUCUAUCAGUGCCAAGCAUCCAAUAGACACGGAUCCCUCCUGGCCAACGCCAACAUCAUGGUUAUGAAUCUCCCUCCGGUGAUUCUUACCACGGAAGGAGCGGAUUACUCCGCCGUCGAGGGGAGGAGCGUGAUGAUGCACUGCAAUGUCUUCAGCUCGCCGCCAUCUACCAUCACUUGGAGUAAAGAUGAUUUCUCCGAAUCCGUGGUUGGUCCAAGGUUUACCGUCCAUGACAACGGGACACUGGAGAUUUACAGCACAGAGAAAGAGGACACGGGACAGUAUACAUGUUACGCCAAAAACACAGAAGGGUCGUCUGCCAUUGAAGCCACGCUUUAUGUUAAAGAUCCCACUAGAAUAACGAAUGCCCCGGAUGACCAGCGGAUCUUAAAAGGCACCACGGCCCGGCUCUCAUGCCUGGCAGAAUACGACGAGUCCUUCAGCAACGACUUUGAGCUCCUUUGGGAAAAAGAUGAUAUGGACAUCGGCUUCAACUAUACUGAGAAUUCAAGAUACUUUGUGGAGGACGGUACCCUUCAAAUCAUCAAUGUAAGCCACUGGGACCAGGGUGUAUACACUUGCAGGGCCAGGACUCCACUGGACCAGGACACAGCCUCUGUGUUGCUCAUGGUGUUAGACGUCCCUGAUGCACCCGAGCAUUUGGUACUGUCUGAACACAAGACCAGGAGUGUGAAACUGAAAUGGACGCCGGGGAACGACCACAACAGCUCAAUAACAGAGUUUAUUAUUCAGUAUGAGGAGAACCAGUGGGAGCCCGGAAAUUGGAAGGAGCUGCUCAGGGUACCUGGAAAUCACGUUUCGGCCAUCCUCAAACUUCACGGCCAUGUGAACUAUCGCUUCCGUGUGGCGGGUUUGAACAGCGUCGGGGGAGGUCCUCCCAGUGAGCCCACCGAGAGAUACAAAACCCCUCCAGCAGCCCCUGACAAGAACCCGGAAAAUAUCAAAAUCGAAGGUCAUUUGCCGCAUGAAAUGGACAUCAACUGGCAGCCCCUUCUGCCAAUUGAACACAACGGUCCCGGUCUUGAGUACAAGGUCAGUUACAGACGGCAGGACUUGGAGGAGGACUGGAAAGAACACACGGUGAAGAGGCACUCGUUCGUGGUGACGAACACGCCCACCUUUGUGCCCUAUGAAAUCAAGAUCCAAGCGAGGAACAACCAGGGCUGGGCUCCCGAGCCAAAGAUUGUGACCGGCUACUCCGGCGAAGAUUUUCCCUCUGCUGCACCUGAAAAUGUAGCCGUGGAGGUGAUGAACAGCUCAGCGGUUAAGGUCAGCUGGACCCGUGUACACAAAGACAAGUUGCAUGGACAUCUGGGAGGCUACAGGAUAAACUGGUGGCGUCUGCGCAGUCUGCUGGAUUCCAAAAAAAGUCACGGGGACAAACACACGCUGACGUUUCCUGGCGACCACAACCACGCGGCCAUACCUAGACUGCAACCCUUUUCCGAGUACAGCCUGAUUGUCAUGACCUUUAACGGGCGUGGCAAUGGCCCCGGCAGUCAUCCCGUCAACUUUAAAACCCCGGAAGCAGUACCUGAGAAAAACGCAGUCUUCAGGGUGACAGACACGCAGAGACACUCUGUCUCUCUGGCCUGGGCACCGCCCUCAGAGCCAAAUGGGAUUCUGACCGGGUAUCUGCUAGAGUAUCAGCUGAUUAACGACACGGAGGAGGCGGGACCGCUGCAGACUGUAGACAUCAGCAAACCCGACACCACCAAGUGGACCCUGCGGGACUUGGAGCCUUUGAGCAAGUACACGUUCCGCCUGCGUUCCUGCACCACUGCGGGCUGUGGUCCUGUCGUCACCGAGGAGAGCACCACCACCCUCGAAACAAAUCUGGCCAGCAUCCGUGGAGGAAUAUCUAACCAGAGCUGGUUUAUCGGCCUGCUGUGUGCCAUCGCGCUGCUCACACUCAUUGUGUUGAUUGCCUGUUUUGUCAACAGAAACAAAGGAGGUAAAUACUCAGUCAAAGAAAAAGAAGACCUUCAUCCUGACGUGGAGUCCCAGGGUAUGAAUGACGACACUUUUUGCGAAUACAGCGACAACGACGAGAAGCCGCUGAAAGGCAGCCGGCACUCGCUGAGCAGAGAGAUCAAAGAGGGGGACAGCGGCGACAGCCUGGUGGACUACGCCGAGGAAGACGCUCACUUCAACGAGGACGGAUCCUUUAUAGGCGAGUACGCCGGCCGGAAGGAGAAGAGAGUGUCAUCCGAGAUCAAGGUACCCGCUCAGAUCCCAGCGUGAGCAACAGCAACCCAGGUUCCGUCCAUCGUCCGCCCGUGCACAUACUUUAAAUGAAACCCGCUCAGAGGGACACAUCAAAGGCAACACGGAUGUUAGCAAUGCUGAGCACAAGUCGUGUCAAAUGCAAUGUGUCCUAAUUCCAUGAUGCCCUUGUUUGUUUGGAGCAUUACUAAAUACAAAUGUAUACUGUAAAUAAUUAUAGGGUAUAUUAUUCUGUAUGUGAAGAGUGACUUUUUUUUUUUGUAUCAUUAUUACAGAGGGCUUGUAUUUUAUGUGAUUCUUAUUGUUUGAGCGACACUUGCAACAUGGUCUCAGUUUUUUGAAUGAUCAAUUUAGUUUUGUCCAAAUGCGACAUUUACUUCUGGUAUUCAGGACAUCUUCCUGAAAUAUGAUGUGUUUUGGACUGUAAAGUUAACCCAUUAACUUAUUUUUGCAGCAUUAUUUACCGGACAUAUCAUGGAGAAAUAUUUGGGAGAUGCUGCAAGUCAGGUUUUAGGUAACAUUUUAGUAUGAGGAACAUAUUCACCAUUAAUUAGUUGCUUAUUUACAUGCAAAUUAGUAUCAUAUUAGACAUUAUUAAGUGCUCUGCAUGACCUUAUUAUAAAAGCACUAAGCCAUUAACUAAGAGUCUUCCCUCAAUAACCUCAGAAUUAUUGCUUAUUAGUACUAAGGAAGUUAAAGUACCAAUGAUUGUCACACACACGAGCUGAAAAUUAUUCUCGGAAUUUGACCCAUCUCCCUUGAUCACCCCCUGAGAGGUUAGGGGAGCAGUGGGCAGCAGCGUUUUUGGUGAUUCAACCCCCAUGUGGAAGUUUGUCUCCUCCGGGUUCCUCGGAACACCAAGCACUGACAUGACAGUUCAGUUUCAAGGUUUAAAACACUGUUUUAAUUUCCAAAAGUUCAGUCUUUCAGGUGCUUUUCAGGUAUUGUCUAUUCUGGCUGUCUCUCUCUCCAGCUCCACUACCACUCUCCUCCCCGGCUGCUUCCUUUUAACAGAGUGACAUGCGAUUAGAUAACCAGGCCCAGCUGGGCCAUCUACACACCUGUCGCUGAUCUCAAAGCCGGUCCUGGCACACCCACCCCUCUCCACCCUAAUUCCAACCCUUGAUGGUGAGUGCCAAGCAGGGAUGUAAUGGGUCACAUUUUUAUAGUCCUUGGUAUGACUCGGCCGGGGUUUGAACUCACAACCUACCAAUCUCAGGGCAGACACUCCAACCACUAGGCCACUGAGGUGUUGUUUAAGAUUCUCCCUUUAAUACCACUUAAUGAAUUUGGUAUUUUCUUACAUAACAAAACACAAAACUACAAGAACCCUUGACCUAACUUUUAAGUCUUUAUGAAGAAUAUGUUCCCCUAGUGUCCAAAUAACUCAAAAUUAAGUCUUUGUUACGUAGAAUAUGUUCCACAUACUAUAGUGUUACCAAGUUUUGUUAUUUCACUCACGGCAUAUGAAUCGGUAUUUUAUUUUGAAAGCAAAUUUGGAGCAAAUUUACUUGCUGUGGCGAUCCCUGACAGAGGAAAAGCCAAAAGUGGGAGAAAACGUUUUUUAUUAUGUUAUUUGACAUCAAACACAUCACUACAGUCAUUACAUUUUGUAAAAAAAAUAAAAUUUUGUUUUUGUUUUUUGAUGUAUAAAAUGGACUUUUCCGGUUUCCGGUCAUUGUUUGAUUGACUCGUCAGGCGGAUUUCUCGUCAUUGCGGUCUUUAUGUCCAUUUUUCUUACAUAAUUCACAUGCCUUUUAAGGGAGACACUUUGCUACCGUUUAUACCUACUUCUAUUGUGAUAUCUGACAUCAAACAUAGCAUGACAUUGUUUUGUAAAAAACUUUUCCAUUGCAUGUUCAGAUGACUAGUUGGUGUUUUUUGAUGUAAUAAAUUGCCUUUUCCUAUAUUAUUUAAA